UCUCGAUACAAUAAAUCCAAAUAAGCCAUAUCAUAUCCCGCUCAAUACAGGCCUUCGCUUGCAGACCGCGCCAUCCCACUACUGCGGCGAAACGAUCUCCAUCUCAGCCACAUUCACGGCGAGACUCUCGCGGUCGCCGGAGGCUGCAGACUACAGGAAAUUCAUAGUUGACGUCCAAUCCAGCCAUGGAGGACAAUCAACAACCACCUGCCGAACUCAAACACGAGGCUUCAGAUGCGACCGGCCUGGCAGCUGAUGGUGCUGAUGCGCCUGCGGCGGGCGAAGCGACAGAACAGAACGGUGAAGGCACUGGCUCCAGUAAUGCCAAUGGGACAACAUCGGCCAACCCGUUAGACGCGCCAAAAUCUCCGCCUGCGCAAAACGAAGAAGGUGGCGAGCAGGAAGAUGCCGACAUGGGCGGGGUGGACGACGACGCUAAGGGCGAGGAAGCGGACGCUGAAAAAGAUAACAUCGAUGAUGCGCAGGGAACCCCGUCGGGCAAUGCCGAUGGCCAGUCUGCGCAGACAAAGGCGAGUCUCGAAGCAGCGGCCAAUUCACAUCUCGUAGCGCAAACGCAUCAGAUCAUCCUCCCGAGCUACAGCACUUGGUUUGACAUGCAGACCAUCCAUCCUAUUGAAAAGAAGUCACUUCCCGAGUUUUUCAAUGCGCGCAACCGAAGCAAGACACCUGCCGUAUACAAGGAUUAUCGAGAUUUCAUGAUCAACACAUAUCGCCUGAACCCCGUCGAAUACCUCACAGUGACUGCGUGCCGAAGAAAUUUGGCCGGCGAUGUCUGCGCGAUUAUGCGUGUCCACGCGUUCUUGGAGCAAUGGGGACUCAUCAACUACCAGGUUGAUCCACAAACACGUCCGGCGAACAUUGGACCCCCAUUUACAGGACACUUCAAAAUCACUGCGGAUACACCUCGAGGCCUGCAACCCUUCCAACCCGCUCAAAACACGUUCACAACGCCGGGGAAGCCGCAUCCCUCGACUGAGCGGGCGAAAUCAGCAACUCCCGCAGCAAAGGCAGACCUAAACCUGGAACUCCGACGUAGCGUGUACGACGAGAAAGGAAAGGAGAUCAAGGCCAGCGAAGAGCCAGCAGAAAAGCAACCAAAUGGCGAAGGCACCGCAGCAGUCAAUGGUAAGAGUACAGAGGACGCAAGCACGGCGACCAAGGCGAUGGAAUCGGCUGCGAGGGAGCCGCUCAAAAUCUUCAACUGUUAUGCCUGUGGGAUUGACUGCACCAGAUGCCGCUUCCACUACGCUAGAUCGGACCCAGUUUCUGGCAGCAAUAACCCCGCCGAGGCCAAAUACGAUUUAUGUCCGAAUUGCUACUUCCAGUCCCGGAUGCCCAGCAAUCACCGCUCAUCCGACUUUGUUAAGAUGGAAGAGCCCGCUUACUCGCAUAUACCCGACAAAGACGCUCCAUGGACAGAUUCGGAACUUUUGCUGCUCCUGGAAGCCUUGGAAACCUUCGAUGACGACUGGAAUCAAGUUUCCAAACACGUGGGAACAAGGACGAAGGAAGAAUGCGUGCUCAAAUUCCUACAGCUUGACAUUCAAGACCAAUUCCUCGAAGACUCGGCUCUGGGUGCGUCAACAAUGAAGUUUCUCAGCGGUCGCACGCCGAUCAGUCAGCUUGAAAAUCCCGUCAUGUCAGUGAUCAGCUUUUUGGCUCAAAUGACGGAUCCAAGUGUAGUCACGGCAGCGACCGGUCGGUCAAUCGCGGCCAUGCAAAAGGAGUUGCGGCGGCAACUCGAAAAGGGGAUGGGCGGAGACAAGCAGCAGUCUGCUGCACCGGAGAAGGACAAGGAGCAGCAGCAGCCGCAGCAGACUGACAAAGAGAACGUCAAGUCUGAAGAUCGAAUGGACGUUGAUGCACCGGCUUCGGCUGCUGAACAGACGUCCGCGUCUGCGUCUGCUGAUGCUGAAAAGAGUGCUGAGAAGAGUGCUGAAAAGAGUUCUUCAGACGUAAUCAGCCAGAUCGCGACAACUGCGUUAGCCACGGGCGCCGCUCGUGCCAGUGCUCUGGCAUCUCAUGAAGAAAGAGAAAUCACCCGCAUGGUCGGCGCGGCCGUCAACCUGACGCUCCAGAAACUCGAGUUGAAGAUGGACCAAUUCGCCGAGAUGGAAGAGAUUGUCCAGGCCGAACGAAGAGACCUGGAAAAGGGUCGCCAGCAAUUGUUCUUGGACAGAUUGUCGUUCAGGAAACGAAUGAAGGACACGCUGCGCACCUUUCAACAAGCUAGCUUGAAAUCGGCUGAAGAAGGCACGCGCAUGAUGCAGGACUCGCUCAAUGCCCAUGCCGGACAGCGGUUUGGGUUCCAGCCGGACAAUGGUGGUUCCGGUGAGCAGCAGACGAUUGCACCCCCAGCCGGUGGAAAAAGCGUCGAGAUCUCUUAGUGGCGGGGCGAGACGCCGACCCGAUCUGGGGGCAUUGGCAUUGCGAGGCCAGUAGUGAACCAGUUGAAUCAAGUGAAUUAUUUGAGUGGAUGGGGCGUUCUUCCGCCUGGGAACACUUCGAUGACGGGGCAGCAGGGCAACAAUGUUCAAAGAUAAAGGAACUGCAAAAAUUCGUGAGAUGACACGGAGCGGAGCGGAGUGGAGUGUGGCACAGGUUUUAUUGUUAAAUGUUAUAUUGGUUUCACUCGGAAAUGUCUGAUUAGUGUUACUAGGGAUACUGCCACUGCAGUGACUACGGUGGGACUUACUAAAGCUCUAUUAUAAGAGGGGUAUCAUUAUUGUGUUGUCUUAGUACCUAGGGAGCGCUUGAAGUUGGGCAUAUUGCCGACACGACGUGCUUCAAGUCUGUAUUAAAAUUUGCAACUUGCAACACUGCUGUGGUGCUUUCCCCGGGUGAUUCUCUUCCUGCCUAGACCUUACUCAAUAAGUUAGUGGAAUGGGAUAAAAUGCUCAAGAGGUAUCUCUGAUAGUAGUACACAGGAACGGGAGUCUUGACGACCGAAAUGUGUCAGUGUCAUAGCAUGUCUAGGUUUCUAUAUAGACACAGGAGACCGAGGUUGUAUCAUGCCAUGCUAGCUAUCAACCAGGCCGG